AUGUUUGAGAGCUAUUCAGUACGAGCUAAUGAUCCAGCACUUCAAUUUUAUAUGAAAAAUGGUGCUACAAUUAUGAGUGAUGAUGUAGUUGCAAAAAAAUAUGGUUAUGAUUCAACUAAAUAUCUUGGCUUUCAGUAUAUUGAUCCAAGUUUAGACAAAACAGUCGCAAUGCAAUUUGCUACAAAAGUAUCAAAACAUCGUGAAGUUGAAUCUGUGCUAUAUGUAAUUACGGCUGAUACUCGUUUACAACAUGUUAUCUUUGCAGAUAUAACGGAAAGAAGUGCUGUGCCCGGAGAAAGAGAAAUACUAUUCGGUAUUGGAAGCUCCUUCAAAAUUGAUAAAAUUUCAUUCGAUGCAAAAGAUGGCAUUUGGCUAGUUUGUAUGACCACUACGGAUGAAGGAGCUGAUAUUGUAAACACAUACAUGGCUUUAGCAAAAAAAGAACAUGAAGCUAUAAGUAUGAAUGUAUUGUUUGGACAUUUGUUAAUUGAAAUGGCUCAAUAUGCCAUAGCAAAAAAAUAUUUCGAAGACUUAUUAUUAACGAUUACAUCUGAUCAUGAAGAUGUUGGCGAUAUUUACUAUAAUAUGGGCAGAGCGUAUUGUUUAGAGAAAGAACUUGAUGAAGCUCAGGAUUAUUUAGAACAAGCUUAUAAAUAUCAGAAAUUACGUAAGUCUAGCAUAUAUCCAUGUUUAGUUCGUACAUUGAAUAGUCAGGGCUGGGUGUAUCAAAAUGGUGGAGAAUAUUUAGAAGCAAUGGAAAUGUAUUCACAAGCCAAAAAGAUGUGUGAAGAAAAACUAGGUCCUGAACAUUUAUCUCUUGCUAAAACUCUUCGUAGUAUGGGCAGCAACUAUUCUGAUCAACUGAAAUAUGCACAAGCAUUAGAUUGCUAUAAACGUGCACUUGAAAUAGAAAAAAAAAAUCUUCCAUCGACGCAUCCGGAUAUUGGAGUAGUUAAAACAGAUAUAGGCGAUGUUUAUCGAAAAAGCGAUAGAUUUGACGAUGCUUUCGACUAUUAUAAUGCUGCUUUUCAAAUAUUUGAAACAACUUUGCCAGAAGAUCAUCCGUCGAAAGCUUACUGCCAAAGUUGUAUUGGACUUGUACAUUUAAAAAGAGGCGAUAUUGCUGCUGCGCAAGAAUGUCACCGUAACGCAUUAAAAUCGUAUAUGAGAUGUCUACCAGCAGAUCAUAUAAACGUUAAAGUUAGUCUCUUUAACUCUACAUGUUCUGACUACAAACUAAUGAUUGAUAGUUACAUUCGAGAUGUCUGA